AUGCCCACCGUGAACAUCAAUGCCGAGGCUCUUUUCCGCUCCCUCGGUCGUCGGUACACUGAAGACGAGUUCGCCGACUUGUGCUUCGAAUACGGUCUCGAGUUGGACGAAGUUACAUCAGUCAAGAAACAGCUGGAGAAACAACACGGUAAAUCCGCCGGCGGAGAUCCAGGAACCGAGUCGCCGGAGGACACCAUCUAUAAAAUCGAUAUUCCUGCGAACCGGUACGAUUUGCUGUGUUUGGAAGGUCUGACCCGGUCUUUGCUGAUAUUCCUCGGCAAGAUACCCAUUCCUCGCUAUACUGCCGUAACCCCAGUCUCGCCGAUCGAGGUGACGAUAGAUGUCAGCGUGCAGAAAGUCAGACCGGUUUUCAUCGGUGCAGUUUUGCGGAACGUGACUUUCACAAAGGAAGUUUACGAUUCGUUCAUCGAUCUGCAGGAUAAGCUACACAAUAACAUAGGUCGGAAGCGUAAACUGGUGUCCAUUGGAACUCAUGACCUCGACACGCUUACGCCUCCGUUUACCUACGAAGCUCGCAGACGCGAAGACAUAAAAUUCGUUCCGCUCAAUCAGACCAGGGAGUUCGGCGCCCAAGAGCUCCUCGAGUUUUACGGAAAAGAUACCCACCUGAAGCCCUACGUGCAGAUCGUAGAAGAUUUCGACGUGUUGCCCGUCGUGCGUGACUCCGAGAAUGUCAUAGGAUCUCUGCCUCCAAUCAUCAAUUCGGAGCAUUCGAAAAUCACCCUGAAAACCAAGAAUAUCUUCAUAGACAUCACAGCGACCGAUGAGCACAAGGCUUCGAUCACUCUCGAUACGAUCGUGACCAUGUUCGGCGAACACUGCGCGGAUAAAUUCAAAGUAGAGCAGGUGAAAAUUAUCAAGACCGACGGCACCAGAGAGCUCUACCCGAAAUUGCCCUACCACAAAAUAAAGCUACAGCCUAGCCGCGUCAACGAGUUAUUGGGAACGGAGUUAGGAGCGAAUCGGAUUGCCGAGCUCCUCACAAAAAUGUCACUCAAAACCAAAGUCAAGUCCGGUGCGCUUCUGAUCGAUGUUCCUCCAACCCGGCACGACAUCAUACAUCCGGUAGACGUGAUCGAAGACGUUGGAAUUGCUCAUGGAUACAAUAAUAUUGAGAUGAAGAUGCCGGCCACUGUGACGACGGCUUCCCAACUCCCCGUCAAUAAAUUGACGGACCAACUCCGCGAGUCUCUGGCACAAUCUGGCUUUACCGAGGUGCUCACGUUCUCGCUGUGUUCCACAGAAGACAUCUCGAAGAAACUCCGCAAAGCCAACGGACAUGAGAAUGCCGUGAAAGUGUCCAAUCCCAAAACCCUCGAGUUCCAGGUGGCGAGAACCCAAUUACUGCCGGGAGUUCUGAAGACAAUAGGCUCAAAUAAGAAGAUGCCCCUGCCGCUACGACUCUUCGAGAUUUCCGACAUUGUCGUGAAAUGCGCCGAAAGUGAUACGAAAGCCCGAAACGAACGGAAUCUCUGUGCCGUAUACUAUGGCAAGACAUCAGGUUUCGAAGUUAUCCACGGUCUCCUAGAUCGGAUCAUGUGCCUCCUCCGAGUACCGCAUGUCACGCAGAGCAAAGCGAAGCCCAGCUAUGAAAUACGCCAGACUGAAGACGAAACGUUUUUCAGAGGACGGUGCGCAGAGAUCCUCAUUGGCGGAAAGCGCAUAGGGGUCCUCGGUGUCGUCCACCCUAACGUCCUGACUAAUUUCGACUUGAAUAUCCCUGUGGCUGCACUGGAGCUCUGCAUAGAGACCUUUAUUUAAUAUAUAUAUAUUUAAUUCAUGGAUCCGGGGUCCCCGAUCGGGCACUGGCAAUAAAAGCU